GCAGCCAGUUAGUCGUGCUCCGCUAGUCGAUGUCGACGGUUCGUCUCUGCCCCGCUCGUCGCCCACUUCCCGCCUCUCGCCCCGUCGCGAAUCGAAAGCCGAGUUUCGAAAAAGUCCGAUCCGAGCUGCAGCCGCGUUUCCAAGGACACAUUUUGGAGCCGCAAACUCAAGAGUUGCUGUAAUUCCGGAAUGCUAGACCCAAUAGCCCGAGCAGUGGGCGCAGCUCUACAACAUUCACAGCAGUAAUUGUUGAGCAGUAGCCACUCGCGCUAGGGAACCCGAUUUUCCCGGAGUAACGCCCGGCAAUCGACCCUAGUUGUUGCUCAGGCUUUUUGGAAAUCCAUCUCAAAGCCAUCCAGUGCGGCAAACAAGUUUGAAAAUCCGCUUGGCACUGCAUUAAUGCCCUAAAUUCCAAACACUUAAAACAACCAGUUGUGAAUCGGACCGCGUUUUCUGAAAGUCAAUACUUUAACCACGAAACUAAUUGUACAAUCAAAGAGGAACACCAACAACAAAGUAAACGGAAAGAAGGACUCCACUGUCAGCAAAAGAAAAGCACCAACCACUACACAGCAACACAAUGGCCUUAAUUAUGAAAUACAUCGAGAGCAUAAGCAGAUACAUAGACUCACAUAGUGACUCCAGGACAAAAGGCUGGCCUAUGAUGUCAUCCCCAUUCCCCACACUGGCCGUAUGCCUCACAUACGUUUAUCUGGUCAAGGUGCUAGGACCCCGAUUAAUGGAAAAUCGAAAGCCACUGCAUCUGCAGAACACACUAGUCAUGUACAAUGCCAUACAGGUUGUAUUCAGCGCGUGGCUCUUCUACGAGUGCUUGAUGGGCGGCUGGUGGGGCUCGUACAGCUUCCGGUGCCAGCCGGUGGACUACACAGAUAGUCCCACAUCCCGGAGAAUAGGCAUUUCCGGUUGGCUAACUGGACAUUAUAGCUUCCGAUGUCAGCCAGUCGACUAUAGUAAUAAUCCUAGAACGUUAAGGAUGGUUCAUGCCUGCUGGUGGUACUACUUCUCGAAGUUCACAGAAUUCAUGGAUACGAUUUUCUUCGUGUUGCGCAAGAAGACCAGCCAGGUUACCACGCUGCAUGUCAUCCAUCACGGCUGCAUGCCCAUGUCGGUCUGGUUCGGCGUUAAGUUCACCCCAGGUGGCCACAGUACCUUCUUCGGCUUGCUCAACACCUUCGUCCACAUCGUGAUGUACACCUACUACAUGUUCUCGGCCAUGGGCCCACAGUACCAGAAGUACCUCUGGUGGAAGAAGUACCUGACUACCCUGCAGAUGGUCCAGUUCAUCCUGAUCAUGGUGCACGCCUUCCAGCUGCUUUUCAUCGACUGCAACUACCCGAAAGCGUUCGUCUGGUGGAUUGGCAUGCACGCCGUGAUGUUUUUCUUCUUGUUCAACGAGUUCUACAAGGCAGCCUACAGGAGCCGCAUGAUGAAAAAGAACGGAGCGCUGGCUAACGGCCAUGCCAGGCCCAACGGAUACUGUAAAAGUAUCAACGCCCAUGAUGACCUCUCCAUGCCGCCGCCAACGGAGGCAGCGGCAACCGCGACGCCUGUAUCAAAGGCCAACGGGAGCAUAAACCCGCUGACCAAUGGCCAUGCGAAUGGCCAGGCCAACGGCUACAAGCAGUUGGCCAACGGCAGUGCGCAGAAGGGUGCAAACGGAGGACUCCUGACGAACGGAUAUGCCACCAAGCUUCUGGACGACGCCUCCCAGGAGCUAAAACAACGGAAGACGCCUAAAUAAUAUCGGGAAAAGGAGGGGCGGCGCCAGCACAGAGCUUAGGACACGGCGAGGGCCAGCAGUGCCAGGAGCUUCCUGGGAAGGAGCGGAGCUCCAAGAGUCAUUUCCACAGGCACACACAUCUUCACUUCAACUCACUACUACACAUCAAAGACCAUUCACAUACAAAUUUCCACGCAAGGACACACCUUCAGGGACUUUUGGGAAAAAAGGUUUAGUAAGCCCAUGUAGCGGAGGGCGGAACUUAAACUACCACAAUGCGAAAUCGGUACUUUUGCACAGUUUUCAAAGUACAUUUUCCCUCAGCCCAAAAUGCACAUACCCGAACAUAAAAAUAUGCUAAUAGUAUGCUCGCAUACCUAUUGAGGCAUAUGCAAAUGUAUAGGCAUUGCGAAUGCAUAUGCACCCAUUUUUCUAGCGUACUACUUUAAAUAUGUUUUGUUGCUUCUUUUUCUUUAAACUACUUUAGUUGUACAAAGCUUACUUACCAUAAGUACCCGAGCGGAUUGUAUAAAACGAAAACCAGCAUACGCGAAUCAAGAUUUCAACUAAACAAUAACAUUAACUGAAGCCCAGCAUACAAAAUUCAAAACUAAAGCGAAUGCUUAUUACAUUCAGUUUGUAUAAGAGCAAGGAAUUCAACUAUUUAAGUCUAGAAAUUAAAUUUAUAUAUGUGUGUAUACAUAUAUUAUUAAAAUAAACAAAAAACAGAAGCCAACGGCCAGUUUUGUAAAUGUAUAGAGCAAAAACAAAUGUAGUUUAAAAUUAGGCACAAUAAUUGUUAAAAAUAUAAAAGUCAUUCAAAAAGAAAAAGCCGAAAACUAUCUACGUUGAACGGAAAACUUCAUACGCGAGUAUUCCGCAAAUUUUGUAAAACAUUUCAAAAUAUACAAAAGAAAAAAUGUACGAAGAAAUGAAGAAAUCGCAGGCUAUUAAAUAACCCAUAAAUUUUCAUUAAUUUAUUAAAAGUAAAUUAUGCCGAUAAACUAAAUCAGAAAAUGCGAGAUGACUUUGCAUCUUACCCAAAAACAUCCACCCAACAUCAAUAUUAAAUUCAACAAAUAAACACAAAUAGGAAUAACCAUAAGAUCGAUCUACUUGAAACCGAGCAUUAAAAUCAUUAAAUUGUUGGAAUCAAAAAAAAACAAAAUAGACUGUAAGUCCCACAUUCUAGGUAUGCAAUUGCCAUACGUUUUGUAUGCGUAAUACCCAUUUUUGUGGAGCAGUAUGUAAACAUUACCUAUGUAAUUAUUAUUAUACAAACUUGUCUAGAAAAUUAGGUGAAAAUGGAGUGGAGCAUUUUUUCAAUAAAAACACUAAAACUAAAA